UUUAGUGCGAAUUCGAUUUAAAGCGAUCUCUCUCGGAACGUAUCUCGCGUAUUGGUUAUUAAUAAGGACUGAGUCACAUAGAUAAUGUACUGAAGUCUAUACAGUAUUUAUCUUUAAGAAAGAACAAUUUAUUUGCUUCAUUGUACAGAACUUGAUAACAAUCUGAUGUUGUGACUUCACUCUUCCUUCACUUGCUGAACAGUUUUGUGGGAUUCAUUGUUCUUUGUGGAAAAUAAUUUUUUCCUCCCAAAGUAUUGACACUUGGAAUGACACAAGGUAGUUCCUGCAAGAUGAACAUAAUAUUUUUUUCCACAUUCUGACGAAAAGGUGAAGCAGCUGAGAGGAUACAGGGUAUACCUUCAGUCUUAAGGGUUGGUCGUUAGUACCCAGAACAUCCCCAGUCAAUCCAGCAGUUAAUGAGUACUGUAGUGAUGCCACUUAGGGAAAUAAGGCUAUUUGAGUACAGUACUGAGCUAGCCAAGUUGUCUCCUUGGACAUAAAGGUGCGAGUGGUCGGAUGUAAGAAAGAAAUAUUAUGGUAGCAUCAGGAGGCCAUCCCACACAAACUUCUUCCACCACAACCUAGUAUUAAAGCUCUAUAAAACAGGAGGCAGAACAAUUCCUCACAACUGUACAAUAAGUCAGUACAGUAUGAGGGUUAGUGAACAUCUUCAGGAGAACAUUGUAAGCAAGAUCAAGGUAAAUUGUCAACUCGCCAAGCCUUAAGUUACAAAUACUAAAGUCAAGUUGGUGUUCUAGAAAACAGUAAGAAUAAAAAGAAGGUUCACACAAGUGAAUCUUUCUCCUGAAAAUACCAGUUAAGUGGUGCACUGUGUUAUAUAUUGUCUAAUUACAGUAUGAUGAGUGUUGCAGUGUUUCUACCUAAACAACUACCUUGUGACUCUUGUGCUUGUGUACACUGCUGAUAAAAGUUCCAAUAUAUAAAUGUGACAAGUGGUUGUCUGCUGUGCUUGUGUAUUGGUGAGACAAAGUUCACUUGUGGUAAAUAUUUCUCAUACAAUAUUUAGUUCAAAAGUUACCCAAACGUGUGUACACUGAAGGAAAUAUUUUCUUAUAUGGAGUGUUGUUAAGUGUUUAAAAGAUGGCCCAGUUUAUAAAUCAAGUAGCUGGACAUGGUGGCCAAUAUAAUUAUGUGUGUGUACAGUGUGGUGAAUUAUUUUACAGUAAUGAUUCUUUGAAGAUGCAUACCUGUAUGGCUGAACACAUUGAUGAGAUAAAUAUUAAGUGUGAAGAAGUUGAUGAAAGUUUUAACAGUAACUAUGAUGUAACACAACAUGUGACUGUUGAUGAGAAAGAUAUUAAGUGUGAAGAAGUUGAUGAAAGCCUUAGCAGUAACUAUGAUGUAACACAACAUGUGCCUGUUGAUGAAAAAAUUCGUAAAUGUCUAGAAAGUUGUAUAAGUUAUAACAAAAAGGAACAAAUAGUUGUACACACUGGUGAGAAGAAUUAUAAGUGUGAAGAGUGUGGGAAAAGUUAUUCCACAAAGAGUUAUCUGAAAAAGCAUAUGGUUGUACACACUGGUGAGAAGAAUUAUAAGUGUGAAGAGUGUGGGAAAAGUUAUUCCACAAAGAGUUAUCUGAAAAAGCAUAUGGUUGUACACACUGGUGAGAAGAAUUUUAAGUGUGAAGAGUGUGGUAAAAGUUAUUCCAGAAAGAGCGCUCUGAUGGAGCAUAUGGUUGUACACACUGGUGAAAAGAAUUUUAAGUGUGAAGAGUGUGGUAAAAGUUAUUCCACAAAGAGCUGUCUGAAAAAGCAUAUGGUUGUACACACUGGUGAGAAGAAUUUUAAGUGUGAAGAGUGUGAUAAAUGUUAUACCACAAAGUACAAUCUAAAGAAGCAUAUGGUUGUACACACUGGUGAGAAGAAUUUUAACUGUGAAGAGUGUGGUGAAAGUUAUUCCAAAAUGUACAAUCUAAAGAAGCAUAUGGUUGUACACACUGGUGAGAAGAAUUUUAAGUGUGAAGAGUGUGAUAAAUGUUAUUCCAGAAAGAGCCAUCUGAUGGAGCAUAUGGUUGUACACACUGGUGAGAAGAAUUUUAAGUGUGAAGAGUGUGGUAAAUGUUAUUCCACAAAGAGCAGUGUGAAAAAGCAUAUGGUUGUACACACUGGUGAGAAGAAUUUUAUGUGUGAAGAGUGUGGUAAAUGUUAUUUCAGAAAGAGCGCUCUGGUGGAGCAUAUGGUUGUACACAAAGGUGAGAAGAAUUUUAAGUGUGAAGAGUGUGAUAAAUGUUAUUCCAGAAAGAGCGCACUGAUGGAGCAUAUGGUUGUACACACUGGUGAGAAGAAUUUUAAGUGUGAAGAGUGUGGUAAAUGUUAUUCCACAAAGAGCUAUCUGAAGAGACAUAUGGUUGUACACACUGGUGAGAAGAAUUUUAAGUGUGAAGAGUGUGAUAAAUGUUAUUCCAGAAAGAGCCAUCUGAUGGAGCAUUUGGUUGUACACACUGGUGAGAAGAAUUUUAAGUGUGAAGAGUGUGAUAAAUGUUAUUCCAGAAAGAGCGCUCUGAUGGAGCAUAUGGUUGUACACACUGGCGAGAUGAAUUUUAAGUGUGAAGAGUGUGGUAAAAGUUAUUCCACAAGGAGCAAUCUGAAGAGACAUAUGGUUGUACACACUGGUGAGAGGAAUCUUACUUGAAAGUUGUAAGGAAAGAUCUUACAUAAAAAUGAUCUGGAGAACUGUAUGGUCUUGAAUGUUGGUAAGAAUUAUUUCAAGUGUAAAUAAUGGAUUACUUAUUUCCAAAAAAGACCAACUGGAAAUAAUCAUCUGAUGGCUGUGUUGGUUAUCCUUGGUCAAAUAUUCUUACUGUUUACUAUUGUUUGUAUACCUAUACAGUACUGUAUAUUUGUUGUAUACCUGUACAGUCAGUCCUCAACUUACGACGGGGUUCCGGACCGACGACCAGGUCAUAAGUCGAAUUGGUUGUAAGUCGAAAAUGCGAAAAUAAUACAUAGAAAUUCUAAAAUGAAAUACAGUACAGUAAAAGUAAUCAAUAAUUAAAAAUUAUUAAAGUGUUACUGUGAACUUACCUUUAAUGCAAUCAGCUGAAUGCACACGGGACCUCAAUAAUUUUUUAAUUGUUGAUAUCGUCGUGUGAGAGAAGCCUAGGUCACGUGAAAUGGUUGCUACCGUUUUUUCAUUUUCAUAUUGCAUUAUUAUUUUCAUUUUCAUCUCAAAAGUAAUUGACUGUCUCUUUUUCUUCUGAGCACCACCAGAACUCUCACUUUUAAGCUUCCAGUUAUUUUAAAGGGAAUUAGAAAAAAAAAAUUUGUCAGUACACAGUGCGAUCACAAACACCAACGACGGCCAAACACCAACUGAGCAGCUACGGCAUGGAUGCUGUAAACCACGAGGCGGCCCAGCCCACACUGUCGUGCGGAACGAAAACAUUUCGGUACUAGAAAAUACUUAAUUUGAAAAUUAUUUUAUACGACUGCAGUGGUCGUAUGUCCGGGUAGUCGUAAGUCGAGGAGUACCUGUACUGUAUAUUUGUUGUAUACCUGUA